GCUCAAACAUAAAGCUGGCAUUGAAUUUAAGUGAAGAUGUGUUUUCGAAAGUUCAGCGGCAGAGGGUGCAGUUUUAAACAAUUGAAGAGUGGACCUGAUGAACACGCUGAGACUUGUCUCAUUGAAGCAAAGAAAACACGUCGAAUGUAGUAUUUAUGGAGCGCUAGACAUUCAUUUAUUUGCAGGAAAAACCAAGAAGCUGAGGAUCUAUUACAAAAUGGAGCGUUUUUUCAUGAAGGUGUUUCGAAAUUAAACUUCUUUCCCAUGAGUACCGCCCUCAACAUUUUGCUGUCAGUGUGUAGUUAGCUCUGUCCAAGGGUGUUGGCAGUUCCACGGCGAGUGUGUGAACUUGUCCGCAAGUUCGGCGUUUCGCUACUUCGUGAUUGAUCAGGGGCCAGCAUUACCAUGGCUAUUGUCCUCCUCCUGGUCCUUGCCCUGGUGACAGGGGUCGGAUCGCUGGCCUCAACCGCUCCACCGACCACAUCACAAGCGCCCCCUGGAGGUCCCCACUUCACCAGCUGUGUCUCCCGGGAGAUGGAGACAUUCCGCUGUUGGUGGACUGCAGGAAAUUUCCUGAACCUAUCAGAGCCUGGAGCCCUGAGGGUGUUCUUCCUGAAGAAUGGAUCGCCCAAAGUCUGGCAGGAAUGCCCGCAGUACAGCUGGUCCGUGGAGAGCGAGUGCUUCUUCAACAAGACCCACACCUCCAUCUGGACGACAUACUGCCUCCAGCUGGUCUCGAAGGACAGAGGCGUCACGUAUGACAACACAUGCUUAAGCGUGGAGAACAUAGUGCACCCGGACCCCCCCGUGGGCCUGAAUUGGACCCUCCUGAAUGUCAGCCAGUCCGCGUUGCACUUCGACGCCGUGAUACACUGGAAGCCGCCAUCCUCGGCUGACGUGGAGAAGGGGUGGAUGACCCUGGUGUACGAGGUGCAGUACCGCGAGAAGACUAGCCCGCACUGGAACACGCUGGACUGGGAGAAGAGCUCGUCUCAUUCGCUAUACGGCCUGCGCGUCAACACGGAGUACGAGGCGAGGGUCCGGUGUAAGAUGCUGUCAUUUGUCAAUGCCGGCGAAUUCAGCGAGCCCAUCUUCAUUUCCCUCCCAAGGAUACACACUAAAGAGUCGAGGAUUCCUGUAGUGGUCCUCCUCAUUUUUGGAACGGUGGGGGUUGGAGCCCUGCUCCUGCUGAUCAUCUACUCUCAACAGCAGAGGCUGAUGGUGAUUUUCCUGCCCCCUGUACCCGCCCCCAAAAUCAAAGGGAUUGACUCAGAGCUGCUGAAGAAAGGCAAAUUUGACCAGCUGAGCUCCAUACUGAACAGCCACCACAUGUACAAGCCGGACGUGGCCUUGGAGGACCCCUGGGUGGAGCACAUCGAGCUGGACUUCGACGAAAUGGGAGAGAGGGAGGAGCACUGGGACACCCAGAGCCUCCUGCAGCCGGCCCCGCCCACUCCUUACGACCCCUCCCUCAGGGACGACGACUCGGGCCGAGCCAGCUGCUGCGACCCGGACCUGCCCGACCCGGACACCCCUCUCCCGAGCCCCGCCCUCUCCGCCCCCCGCCUCCUCUCCCCCCCGCGGGCGGGCAGGGACUUCUACACCCAGGUGGGAGAGGUGACCCAGGCGGGCGUGGUGGUUCUGGCAUCCGGGACGGGCCCAACGAAGGAGGAGGAGGAAGAGGAGCUGAAGAAGAAGAAGAUGUUCCAGCUGGUGGUGGGGACCCCGGCGGGGGGCGGGUACACCUCGGAGGAUGACGCCAGGCGGUUUAGCGGUAACCCCGCCCCCACCUUGGACUACACCCUGGUGAAGGACGUCGGUGACCAGCGCAGCCUCCUCCUCAACCUCGCACCGCCUGACCCCGCCCACACCAAGCCCCUCCCCCUUGCAUGCUCAGCCCAAGUAGGUCCUGCCCCUACUAAGCCCCUCCCCCUGCCCGCUGGCUACCUAACCCCUGACCUGCUGGCCAGCAUGUCACCGUGAUUGGCCCCGGGGGGUAACGAGCACACGGGGUCUGAGUUACCAGGCAAACUCUGGGCGUGAGGCCCAAUUCAUUUUUUUGGGGAAUGCGUGUAAAAGUUCAAAAAGGGACACCCGCCACCUUAACUGGAGGAUAAAGCUUACCAGUGUUAUUGACUACGAGCCUGAUUAAAUGUGACAUUCAUGGAGAUACACUUGUUUACUGAGAAUGCCGCACAGUAUUCACCCCGUGACACCCCUAGGCUGUCACCACCUACGACACCCUGUUCCACGGCAGUGACGGCACUGCACCACCCUGUUCCGUGAGAGUCACUGACACACUACACCAGCCCGUUCCGUGGCAGUCGGUGAUACACUACACCGUCCUGUUCCGUGACAACCAGCGACACACCACCCUACUGCCCUGCUCAAGGUCACAUUACAUGCUGCUAUGCUCAAGUCCGCCAACACGUUUAAAAUUAAAAGUUUACUCCGAAGUGCACUGAGGUGAACCCCUCUCAGUGCAACAGUAGUAAGCUGAUCCACUGACUAAUGUGACUUCUGAAUUAUAAUGGUACAAAGCAUAUUCUCUCAUAUGAACCGUGAUAUUGGCUUAAAACACUAAUAAGCUUACGCAGUUACGAACGCGAGCAUUGAAAUUGCCUCAGCAGUAGUACGCUUAUUCACAGAUUAAUCUGGACUUAUGAAGGAUGUAAACUAAGUGAACUACUUGUAUCAACUCCUGUAUCCUUGGCCUUUUUCGAAGGGAGCCUGGAGCAGCUAGUCUUGGAUUGUGUGUGCUUUGUGUAAAAAUGGUUACAUCAUAUCCACUUGAGACUUCUAAAGAACACGACGUGCGGUUUAGGCUGCUGAUUCACCCCAAGGGUGUUUAGCUGUGUGCUGAAGACUCCUGCCUUAAUUGCGCUCCUACAAAGCCUUUUAUUCCUGUGUAUACGUGAAUAUCAGUAGAGAUAGCGGUCCAAAGGUGAAGUCGCCAGAGUUCAGAGAAAAUACAGAUGGAUGUUCUUUCAGCCACUCUAGCAUAACUACAGUAUUUAGCAAAAUGCCACAAAACACACACACAUGCAUUUACAAAAUUGUGUGUGAUGAACAUGUAUGUUUUACAGCUAACCCUCAGGAUGUUAUGAUGGGCUCAGAUAUGCCUGAAUCUAAUUAUAGCACAUUCAGUAUUAACCACUUGGGAAACAGAUUUUUGUAUUUGUGCGAUUCUGUGUAAAGGGUGCCAAAACUUUAAACCCAAAGUAUGUAUUUCUUUAUUCCACAUAUUAUGAUGGCUGUUACAGAAGAGUGUGGAAAACAGAAACUUGUGUGUAUGAUAUAUAAACAGCAUGCUAAAUGGAAGUUCGCCUGUAAAAUGUAAGCUGCUUGCUCAUAGGGAAAACUGUUUCCUUUUCAGUGUCUCCUCGCUGAUGCCAUUUGAUUUUGAUUUGUCUGACAGUGUAAGAAGCCGUUCCUCUCUAGCUUUAAUUUUACUCAGAGUCCAGAUGGUGCAUCCUUCUGGCUAGCACUUUUAAUGGUCAACAGAUUUCAGUUUCUAACUUUUUUCUUUUGUUGCUUCUGCUUUUGUAUCGAGAGCAUAACAUAACAUUUUUGUCUGCUGACGGUUGACGACUAUGUUAGUUAUGCAGUGCCCAGUUUUGAAAUAUCACAGUACGUUAUGUGUCAGCCCCACCAGCUCAAGUCAUCCAAAUGUGCAAGCUAUUGGAUGAAUUAUUGAGGGGGAAGGCAUUGUGAAAAUAGUGUAUUUUUUGUGACAAAAGUAAUUAUAAAUACAGUAAAAAUACACCAAAUAAAAGUCUAAUUAUCUCCUAUUUUUUGAUUAAGCCCAGUUUUUACCUACACGUUCAUAACAAGCCUUUACAUGGGUGAUGCACAAUGAACUUAGUUCUUUACAUAGGAUGUACCGUACCACACCAUGGAGACAACUCUCUACAUGAGAGAUGUACUAUAAGGAUGGUUCUUUGCACAGGAGAUGCACCAUGAAGCCAACUUUUUCAUUGAAGCUACACUAAAUUUCCACGAGAGAUGUACUAUGAAGUCAGUUCUUUUCACAGGAGAUGAACGCAAAAUAAAAAGUGUCCUCAUUUCAGCUCUGUUGCAGCGUGUCCUUCUCACCAAUUCUGCAAGUCAUUGUCUCUCCAAAGAAAGACCUUAUUGGACCUAAAUGGCCUUAUUUCAAAAUACCUAAGAAGGGAAAAACCGGCAAUGGCCUCUGCUGGUUUUAUAUUUUUUUAGAUUGUGUGUGGUGGUAUUUAUAUUGAAAUGUCUUAAAAUGUAGUAAACUUGUGAUACAGUAUAGGCUAUGUGAAGUACAGUAUAUGUGAACCACCACGUAUGACUUAAUGUACCACAUUAACAGAAGUCAAAGGCAUACUAUGCAGGAUUUUCUUUUUUGCCUUGCUGUGGUCCUGUUCCAUCUACAAUCCCGCCCACUCAAUCCAAGUACCUGACUGAGUCACUCACACACUGGUUCAUAAGAAACUACUGGUAAAUUUCUCCCAUCAGUUACUCGGGCCAACAUUAAAUUGUCUGGUCGGGACCACGAAUCGGACAUGUACAAAUAAUUUGAAAACGGGACAUUCCGGUCAAAAAUCCGGACGUGUGGCACCCUAGCUGGAUACCUAGGUGAUGUAACUUACAGGUCCAAUGGAAAACAAGCCAACUCCAUGUCGCUUUUCAACCCCUUGGCGAACUUCAGCUGACAUCACCCAGGAAAAGCAAUUGCAAGUUUAUAUCGAAUGAGUCCUGCUGUCUGCUUUUCUUUUUGCUUUGCUCAAUCUGGGCCAUUACAACUGCUAGCAAGCUAGCACAAACCACAAAUCUGAUCACAAACCACAGGCUCUGUAGCUACACCCACCCCUCCCCACACAGAAAAGACAUACAUGCCCAGAAACAUCCCAAACACAUUUUAGAAUAACGAAUACAGGUAAAGGUGUAUGAAUUCAAUGAAGGUGCAUGAAGACAGAUUGCCAGUGCAUCAUAGAUAUGCCUUAGCAUGGUUAUUUAAUAAUACUUUCAAGGUAAAAAUCCUGCAUAGUAUGCCUUUAAUGUUGCUCAUUAUUAAGCUUUCAGGUUUACAUUUAUACCUGAAUAUACACUGUGUAUUUAAAAAAUCACAAUAUUUGUAAUUACAGUUUUCUUUUAAGUAAAUUUAAAUCUUUUUUUUUCUGGCAGUGUAAUGUUUUCUCUCAGGCAUAACGUGCUGUGUAGAUGUAGAACCUUAAUUUUGUAUUGAAAAAUAAGCUACUUUUUUAAAUGUCAUUUUUACCUGCUGGUACUUCGUAGAUAUUUUUGUUGUAUAUGGAACCCAUAUGGAAAUAAAGUGUAUGCUGAAGCAAAGUAUUUUAUAUUUUAGCAGACUUUAACAGUGCAAUUGAAGUUCAUAUAAUGCUUAAGUUUGCUGAAGUACAGCUGGUGUUAGAGCUUUUUGGAUGUGUGCUUUUGCCUGUGACUAACCUUGCUGGUGGAAUCUGUAACUCUUUAUACUGGUCUUGCCAAAAUAGAUAACAUGCAGAAAAUGUCAUUUCUGGUUUCCUUGUUAUAAUUUUUCUAACGGGCAAGGCAUGAGUGUUUAACUGUUGCAUGUGAACAGCUCCAAGUUUUUGUGCAAAUACAUGAACUUUGUCCUUCUAAAUAGACAGCCUGUGAAUUGGCAGUUGCCAACCAUCUGUUAUUCCAGUGGAGAUUAUGCAUCUUAUUUUUCACUCAAAAUAUGAGAACUCAAGCAGUUGUAAUCCUUAGAUACACAUUAAGCAUUGUUGUCUUUUACAUGGACAGUAAGAAACAAUCUUUUUUUUAAAUGUGUGUUUAUACAUAGCUGUAUAUCCCAAUGACACCAUGGUAGCCAUUGAAUUAUGCAGACCAUAUAUGUAGCAGGGUAUGAUUUUAUGAAAUCUUGCAUUUUGCUGCUACGUUUCAUAAUACUGCUAUACUACUAUUUUUAAAAUGUUGGAACUGAAAAUACAUGUGCUUUUAUUUGUCACUUUCAUGAUGCAAAUGUUGUUAGUGGGGAUGUGACUCUACAGAUAGGUUAGAUCUGGACCUCAGUCCAACCACGACCCCCAACGGGUCAACCCCUUGGGCAUAAUUUUUACGAUGUUUCUUUCUGGCUUUCACUUGCAAUGUGAAAUUAUGCAUCAACACAUGCUAUUGCCCAAAACUCUGUGGGGUUUUUCCUGACCUCUGCCCUGUUUCCGUGGUGUUUAAAGAUCACAUGGAAUCUAAUAAAUGAAUGUAUUUUUUGUUGUUUUCUGUU